GAAUCUGUCCCAAGGACUGAACCAGUCUUGAAGACCCCUCAGCCAAGAAAGGCAGUUAGAGCCAACUUCAUCAGCUCAAGAGAUGAGAAGGAUUUCAUGCGGAGGCAGUUGAGGAUGAACCAAGAGAUGAGACAGCAACACAGAAUAGCCAGAGACAAACGCCCUGAGGCACAACCUGUGAGCAACUCUUAUGGGCCUCCUGCUCCUCCUGUUGUCCCUGAAGAACCUGCCUCUUCUGAUGGGGCUGCUGGAAGCUAUUUGCCUCCAGAGACAUCUGGUGGAGGAGCUACUGGAAGCUAUUCGCCUCCAGAGACAUCUGGUGGCUACCCUGCUCCUGCUGAAGAACAACCACCUGUGGAGCAUGCAAACAAUUCAGAAGAUCAUACUGAACCUCAGAACCAGAUGAUGCCUAUGAAUGCUUCAUAUGCAUUCAGCUAUGAAAGCCCUGAGUCUUCCAGGGCAGAGGAAGCAGAUGAAAACGGGAAUGUGAAAGGGAAUUUCACCUACUGGAGUGAUGCUGGGGAAGAACUAACUGUGGUUUAUCAAGCUGGCAAAGACACCGGUGUGGUGUUCCUCAGAGAUGACAGACUCACUGCCAAACCUGCCACUGAAGGCUCCAAGAAGAACAUGCAUCAUGGACACCAUGAAACACAACACCAGGAACAUGGACACCAUGACACACAACAGGAACAUGGACACCAUGACACACAACAGGAACAUGGACCCAAUGAUCAGCAACAUGAAAAUAAUAACCAGCAUCAGCACCAUGGAAUACCUCCACAGAUUCAGAUCCAUGAGGAAAUUCAGCCAGAAGUGCCUCAGCCUAUUGCCCCCCUGGAGCCUCAGCAGCAGCAAUAUUUUCCACCACAACCAACCCAGAGGCCAUUUGCAGCAGUGAUCCAGCCUGUGAAAAUCCCUGUUCAGCCUCCAGUGCCACAGCACCACUUUGGUGGUUCAAUAAAACAGCAGCAUUCCAAGCCUGUGUCUCCACCUGGAUCCCAGACUGAACCAGUCUUGAAGACCCCUCAGCCAAGAAAGGCAGUUAGAGCCAACUUCAUCAGCUCAAGAGAUGAGAAGGAUUUCAUGCGGAGGCAGUUGAGGAUGAACCAAGAGAUGAGACAGCAACACAGAAUAGCCAGAGACAAACGCCCUGAGGCACAACCUGUGAGCAACUCUUAUGGGCCUCCUGCUCCUCCUGUUGUCCCUGAAGAACCUGCCUCUUCUGAUGGGGCUGCUGGAAGCUAUUUGCCUCCAGAGACAUCUGGUGGAGGAGCUACUGGAAGCUAUUCGCCUCCAGAGACAUCUGGUGGCUACCCUGCUCCUGCUGAAGAACAACCACCUGUGUUAGUCAUCAGCAUAUUCACUUGCAUUGAACAUUCUCCCAGCAGGGCUAGAAAACUUUUUGUGCACUUGAAUGAUCUCAUUCAGAGCAGGAUGGCAGAGGAAGCAGAUGAAAACGGGAAUGUGAAAGGGAAUUUCACCUACUGGAGUGAUGCUGGGGAAGAACUAACUGUGGUUUAUCAAGCUGGCAAAGACACCGGUGUGGUGUUCCUCAGAGAUGACAGACUCACUGCCAAACCUGCCACUGAAGGCUCCAAGAAGAACAUGCAUCAUGGACACCAUGACACACAACACCAGGAACAUGGACACCAUGACACACAACAGGAACAUGGACACCAUGACACACAACAGGAACAUGGACCCAAUGAUCAGCAACAUGAAAAUAAUAACCAGCAUCAGCACCAUGGAAUACCUCCACAGAUUCAGAUCCAUGAGGAAAUUCAGCCAGAAGUGCCUCAGCCUAUUGCCCCCCUGGAGCCUCACGUCGUCGUUAUAAAAGGUGGUGUUGGUUGGGUCUCCGUCGGAGGUCACGGUGUCGUGGUGAAACCACCAAGUUAUUUUGUCGUCGUAUCCAAGCCUGUGUCUCCACCUGGAUCCCAGUUCCAGCAGCCACCAACUGCACCCCAGAGGGUGUUUGUGGCCAAGCAGCAGCAAUAUUUUCCACCACAACCAACCCAGAGGCCAUUUGCAGCAGUGAUCCAGCCUGUGAAAAUCCCUGUUCAGCCUCCAGUGCCACAGCACCACUUUGGUGGUUCAAUAAAACAGCAGCAUACCAAGCCUGUGUCUCCACCUGGAUCCCAGUUCCAGCAGCCACCAGCAACUGCACCCCAGAGGCCAUCACCCUCAUAUGGACCACCAAGACCACAGCAACCAUCAGCAAGUUUUCAACAGCCCCAAACUGCACCAGCCAUGACGUCAGGGAUGGGUUCAAUGCCAUAUCAAUUUUCCUACUCUGGACCUCAUGGAACCUACAGGUCAGAGCAAAUGGACGCCCAAGGGAAUUUUAUGAGCAGGUACGGUUACAACCUGGGGCCUGAGGGUACCAACUUGAUGUGGGAGUUCUCCAAUGGAGCUGCAAAUGGGCUUGGUUCAAGAUCUGGUAUUCAGCAAAGCCCGGGUUUUACUAAUCCUGGGUUCUCAACUAAUAAAGGACAGGUUCAACGGACUCAGGGUUUCCAUCAUCAGCCUCAGGGGUUUCAUGCAGGAACUGCCUCUGGUUUUGGAACUCAAAAUGGAUUCCAGCAGGGUUUGGGAACUCAGAAUGGAUUCCAGCAAGGCUUGGGAACUCAGAAUGGAUUCCAGCACAGCCCUGUGCAUGAACAACAGCCAGCAGCCAGCUUCCAGCAAGAUGCCAAUUUGCAGGCCUGGGAAUCCUUUGAGCAACAGCAGCAGCAAGAUCCUGAAAGAACCUUCAUCCCUUUGAACAGCCAGUUUAAUCAAAAUAAUGUUUUAGUUGCUCAGCCCAGCCAAAGUUCUGGUGAUUCUGCCUACAAAUUCAGCUACAAUGCUGGAGACCACAGCAGAUCAGAAUCCCUGGCCAGAAACAUUGUUUCAGGCUCAUAUUCCUUUGUUGCUGAUGAUGGGGUGGAGAGAACUGUGAGAUCCGUCAACCAAUUCCUCACUGCACCGCCACUUGUUGCCUACGCAGGCCCAGACCCCGUGCAUAUUCACCGCGAUCACGUAGUCCAAGUCGUGAAUACAUUUACGUCUGUGUGGGAGUCGUCCUUUGUCAUCUGUGUCCUCGACCGCGAAAACAUGGUUGAGAAAGAAGUGUCGGAGGAGACUCUUGAGAAGCCCAUGAAUUCUGGGCUUUGUUCCAGGUCUGACCAGGUUCUCACUUCGUUCGAUUUGUGUAUCAUCAGCUCGUCCAAGUCGAAAACGGCUGCGAAUCUGUACCUGAAGCGAAAAACAGAUGACGACGCCUUCCCUAGCGACGUGUUCGUCAGAGUUUGGUGGAUUUUGUCUGUUGGGUGGGAGGAAAAACUGCUUGCAGAGCUGGUCUGUUUGGCGAAAAUCCCUUACACGGGAGGUGGGAAUGGUGCUGUAACUGAUGAGCAGUUGCGUGAAGUCAGUCAAUCCCUGUGGCAAGCGGAUACAAAGAAUGCGAAUGGAGCUUUCAGACUGGUCAAACAAGGAAGAACCAGUUUUGGCUCUAUUCAGGAUAAUGCACCCAGCAAGCUGUUCGAAGGAACAACGGCAAGUUUAUGGAGUUCUUCCCCGUCAAUUUCCGCACUCAAAACCCUGUACGACAACUACGAACCCCUGGUGACCCGACCGGAAACGUUGACCGAAGGGGAGAAAACGGAAGAGAACAACUUCCUGAACGCAGUGUUGAACACGGAAGUGAUGCGUGAGGCGAAGCGCUUCCUCACUUCCAACCGGCUCGUCAGUGUUGCCAACGACGCCGCGUUCCGCCAACUGCUGCAUAAGCUCUGGUUUGGGCUUUACAGUCGACACAGAGGCACGCCUUCGUCCUCGGGCUUUGAGCACGUGUUCCUGGGGGAGGUCAAACAGGGUCAGGUCACUGGGUUCCACAACUGGCUCUACUUCCUGGACCAGGAGGCCAAGAAUAAUGUAAACUACUUGGGAUGGCUCAAGGCAUUGUCCCUUGGAAGACGGAAAAAACCGCUCAAGAAGAAAGUAGAGCAUCCGCCAACGAACUUUCACUCUAACGAUUCACCCCCUCCGAAAAAUCAAAAUCUUGGCGCCAAGACGUCUUCGACUCGACUUUCUCGAGCCAAUCAGACGCCUUGGCGCCAACCCUUGCCCUUGAUCCACAUCCUGGAUCAAGGAGACAUCCUGAAAACCAAUAAAAGAUCAAAUUAA